AUGUCUUCGAGUCACUUUUUCGAGGGCGCAUCCAAUGCGCAUUUCUCUGGCAACACCACCUUUACACAUGCAAACACAGUUAGUAUCAACAACUAUGGCAAUCGUUCCACAAGCACGGAAUCCAAAUUGGGGUCGUUCAGUUGUUGGAUGGACGACGACCAAUGGCUUACUUUGGGUCAACGGCUCAGAUGGAUAGAAAUGUGCGAUAUAAACCUGCGGCAAGAAGUCUCCCUAGAUAGGCUGCAUGUAUUGGACAAAUUGAAGUCUACGAACCCAUUUCGAGGCAGGCAGGGAAGUGCUGUGAAGAUCCAGAGGAGGGUUCAGGGUGCAGAAAUUGUUCAGUUUGACCGGCAGUUUACCGUCAUUUCACUUGAACCCGAGAACAAGGAAGAUCUCAAGAAGAUAUGGACAGUAAGGCCUAAGGCUCGGUUGAAGUUGAUAGAGACGCUUGAGAUUGACACAUUGAGCCAGGUAUUAGAGCAAUAUUAUGGAGUUGCUCUGUCUCGACGGUGA